AUGGCCUGCGCCUUCUUCUUCGACGCCGAGCCGCCCGGCGUGCACGCCCUGGACGCGUGCGCGCUCUGCACCAAGCCGCUAGCAAGGGACAGCGACAUCUUCAUGUACAAGGGGGACACGCCCUUCUGCAGCGACGACUGCCGACACGAGCAGAUGCAGCUCGACGCCGCCUGCGCCAGGCAGGCGGCCAGGGCGUGCACGCCGGGAACGGGGUCAGGGCGUGCACGCAAACAAGAUCUGCGUGCACGAAGACGGCGUCGCCCGUGGCCAACAGAUCAGCGCGGGAUCGAGGAGACUCUCCUUGGUUGA